UAACAACUUCAGACUUUAUUUGCAAAUCAGCAAGAAAAUCGAAAUCUUAAGAAAACUCAUUCAUCAUGAAAUCCUUCAUUGCAUUGUUUGCCAUGGCUUUGUUCGUCUCAGCUGUUGUUGCUGAUGAAGAUGUGAAAAAGACGGAAAAACGUGGAAUUUAUUCCACCGGAUUAGGAUAUGGCGGAUAUGGAGGGUAUGGUGGUGGAUAUGGAGGGUAUGGUGGAUACAGCUCGGGUCUUUACAGCCCAGGCGUUUACAGCAGCCCAACAGUCUAUAGCAGCCCAAGCCUUUACAGCAGCCCACUUUAUAGCGGAUAUUCUUCAGUCUCAGUUCACCCUUCAUAUGGCUACAGCAGUGGAUACAGCAGUGGUUACCCAUACGCAUACAAAAGCUAUGGUGGACUUAGUGGUGGCUUGGGAGGUUCUUACUUGGGAGGUUCAUACUUGGGAGGUUCUUACUUGGGAAGUUCUCAUGGAUCCUAUCUCGGUUCUCCAUAUUAUGGUGGCCUGUACCAUUAAAACUUUAAAAUCGUCCAAAUUUCAACCUUUCCCACGCAUCGUCUUCUGUACUAUGUGACUCAAACGUAAUUUUUUGUACCUAAAAACUCGUUUCCUUCAUCAUGUUCAUUUAAUCGUUAUUUUAUUACAUUUCUUUUUUGUAAAUAUCUUAAAUGAUCAGAAUAAAAUUGUAUCCUUAACUAUCCAUAAAAAAUAA